AUGGCGGGCCAGGAGGAGGCAGCAGCGGCAGCGGCAGCGGCGGCGACGGAGGGCGCGGAGGCCGAGAGCCCCGGCUUGCUGCUGGAGCUCAUCAGCUCCCCGCUGAACCUGUGCCUGCUGGGCCUCUGCCUCUUCCUCCUCUACCAGAUCGUGCGCGGGGACCGGCCGCGCGCCCAGCCCGACGGCGAGGAGGAGGCGGCGCCGCCGCUGCCCAAGCUCAAGCGCCGCGACUUCACCCUGGCCCAGCUGCGCCCCUUCGACGGGCUGGCCAACCCGCGCAUCCUCAUGGGCCUCAACGGCAAGGUCUUCGACGUCAGCCGCGGACGGAAGUUCUACGGGCCCGAGGGACCUUAUGGCAUCUUUGCUGGAAGAGAUGCUUCUCGUGGUCUUGCUACUUUCUGCCUCGAUAAAGAAGCUCUGAAAGAUGAAUACGAUGAUCUCUGUGACCUGGAUGCUUCGCAGAAAGAAACACUGACUGAUUGGGAACAGCAGUUUACGUUUAAAUAUCACUACGUCGGCAAACUGCUGAAGGAUGGGGAAGAACCGACGGUAUAUUCCGACGAAGAAGAAACGAAAGAUGCUAAAGACCGCAAGAACGAUUAGCAAACGCGACGAGGAGCCACCUGAAGCUACUCGCUGGUUUCUUUGCUUUU